AUGGGGAAGUUGGAGAGUACAGGAUGCGCGUGUCCGUCCGCUAUUGCGACCUACGGGUUGAGACGCACUGCGCAGGAGGCGGAGAGCCAAGUUAGAACGUACGUACGUCACUUCGUUGAAAGAGACUUUUAUGUCGACGACGGCCUCAAUUCCUUACCGUCGGAACAUGAAGCAGUAGACCUGCUCGAGAGGACCCAAAGAAUGCUUAUGGGAAGCAAUCUCCGACUCCACAAGAUAGCUUCCAACUCCGUUAACAUCAUGAAGGCUUUCCCGACCGACGACUGUGCUGCCGACUUAAAAGACCUCGACUUAAAUGGAGCGGAUGUACCAAUGCAAAGUAGCCUUGGCCUGAGCUGGCACUUAAAAACUAAUAUGUUCACCUUCAGAGCUCCUGCACAGGAUAGCCCGAACACCUGUCGUGGUGUACUGUCUGCUGUCAACAGUCUCUACGAUCCUUUGGGUAUGACCGUCCCGGUGACUGUUCAGGGAGGACUUUUUCUAAGAGACAUGUCUGUCGGGACCACUGACUGGGGUGCCCCACUCGCUGUGAACCACAGCUGGCAAAGAUGGAAAGACUCGCUGCAAGCUCUCGAGGAUCUACGGAUACGACGCCGGUACGUCACCUUAUCCCUAGCACACGCUAGUCGCCGUGAGAUUUGCACAUUCUCGGAUGCGUCGGAGAAAAUCAUUGCAGCUGUUGCGUACACCAGAGUGAUCGAUGCUAACGAAACGCCACACGUGGGUUUUGUCUUCGGUAAAGCAAAGUUACCCCCAAGGCCUGAACAGACAAUUCCUAGGCUGGAGCUGUGCGCUGCAGUCCUCGCUGUCGGAAUCAGAGAGCUAAUCCUGGGCAAAAUCAGAGAGAGACACCCAUCGGUAAUGUCAGGUUCUACUCUGACAGCAAGGUCGUCCUCAGAUAUAUCUUCAAUGAGUCAAGACGGUUUUACGUCUACGUGA